AUGGUGCGAGAUAUAAAGGUCAAAGUCCGCGAGGUGUACGAAUAUCUGGCUCCCUACCUGGUGUUCCACUUCCUGGCAGCAUCUCUUUUGGCUUUAUUCGUAUAUACGGAAAUAUGGGUGGAUCCACGAACUGCCAACUUGGACCAUGGUUUCGACCGGAACAACAGUGCCAUACUGAAAAGCUAUAUCUACCCAGAGACUGUUUCAGCACUUGAAGUUGUACUUCUCGCGGCUAUGGUGCCGGGUGUAGUGGUCGCAUGGUGGUGCCUGAUCGCAGAGGACAGUUGCAGACUCAGAUCGUUUGCGAGCGCUAGUUCCCACAGACUAUUAGAACCGCGGCCCAAGUGGAUAUCGCCCAAACUGCACAUGGUUCAGGUCACGUACACUGCGUUGUUUCUUACACUAGCCAUCGCAGGCGCCGCUACCAAUAUACUCAAACUACUGAUCGGGAACGCACGCCCAGACUUUUUCGCCCGCUGUUUCAACAACAACGGCGCCCCGCAGAUUCCCGCCGACCUGGCCUCGUCUAGCCGCAUAACCCUAGGCCAAUGCACUCAGAGCAGUCACCGUUUGCUGAUGGAGGGACUGAAAAGCACCCCAAGCGGCCACGCCAGUUUCGUCACCGCAGGUCUGGGCUUUCUGUUCCAAUGGCAAUGCGAAUGGAUUACCGUGUCACGUGCUCGCCACCUAUGGUGUCCUAUCGUGUGUCUUAUCGUGAUGAUAUCUAGAGUGACAGAUCAUCGGCACCACUGGUAUGACGUUAUGGCGGGGUGUCUACUAGGCUUAAUGUGUUCCUGGUUACCGUGGGUGAAGCUACUUUCAGUAAAAAGACUAGACACGAACGCUACUGAAUCCGAAUUGCCUCUUUAA